GGAAGUUUCAGACGAAAUAAAGGAGACGAGCUGCAAUGGCUGAGGUCCAUAUUAUAGGGCAGAUCAUUGGUGCCAGUGGGUUCCCACAAAGCAGCUUGUUCUGCAAGUGGGGGGUGCACACAGGGGGAGGCUGGAAGCUUUUAUCUGGAGCAACUGAAGGCCAGACCCAAGUAGAUAACCCACAGAUUGGUGACAAGGCAUUCUGGUCACACCCCAUAGAUAUUCACUUUGCCACCAAGGGGUUACCAGGUUGGCCUAAGCUUCACCUCCAGGUCUGGCAUCAGGACCAUUUUGGCCGUAAUGAGCUUUUUGGCUACGGCUUUCUGCAUGUCCCAUCUACCCCAGGCACCCAUAACCUGCAGAGUCCAACAUGGCGACCCAUGGGUUCCUGGCAAGAACAGCUUUCUCAGAUGUUUGUAGGGGGUGGCCCCCAGCUUAAAUCAUCUAGUCUUAUCUACGGUGGAGCUGACCGUUACCGGUUACAGACUGUUGCCAUGGGACAAGUGCAUCUACAGCUUACAGUCAUACUAAGAAACUUUGAGCGAUAUGGAGUAGAGUUCUAAGUUCUCUUAAAAUGGACUCAGUGUCAAGCAACAUUUCAUCACAUGUCCUUCCAUCUUUUCUUUUCUAUAUACUCCUCCACCAGUUUCUUGCUUUACCACAGUGAUUCUGCCAGUCUUUGCCACUACUUCUUUCUUUCCUAAGAUUUUUUGCAAAACCCCCAUUUUGUUCCACAUUGGUGGCCCCUUUUGUCCAGCCUAUUCUACCAUUGAAGUCGUGUUACAUCAUAGCGGUCUCGCUAAUCCAGCCUUCUCUUAUACCGCCCACUCCUCCAUACUACCAAACCAUUAUGGCAGUUCCUCAUUUCCAACCCUCUCUAUCAUCUCAUUAAUGUUCCAUACAGUCUAUGCCCUCUAACCUUUUAUAACACCAUCUUCAUCUUUCACUACUGCAGUCCCUGUAACCUUCUCAACCAUAACCUGCAUAUUAUAUCAUGGCAGUGCAUCUCCUCAGACCAUCUUCGGGCACCGUCCUGUUCCAGUCCCAUCCCUCCACCGCAAUUCAGAUCUACAGUUGCAAAUCACUUUAUUCACAAUUUUUAUCCCUUGCUACUAACACCAUUAUAUACAUUCUUACGUUGCAUUUUUACUUUGUUGUAUUUCUCUAAUCAUUUUAUGACAAUAUAGUAUCUCUCGCUCUGUACCAUGAUUAAAGGGACAUAAAGUUUAUUUUAAUCAAUUUUCUAAUUUACUUCUAUCACCAAAUUUGCUUCAUUCUCUUGGUAUCCUUUGUUGAAGGAGCAGCAAUGCACGACUGGCAGCUGAAUACAUCUGGUGAACCAAUGACAAGAGACAUAUAUGUGCAGCCACCAAUCAGCAGCUUGCUCACAGUAAUGCACUGCUGCUCCUAAACCUACUUGGGUAUGCUUUUCAACAAAGGAUACCAAGAGAAGAAAGCUAAUUAAAUGAUCGAAGUAGAUUGGUAUGUUGUUUAAAAUUGUAUGAUCUAUCUGAAUCAUAAACGUUUACUGUCCCUUUAAAGGGACAAUGAACCCCAAAAAAAUUAUUUCAUGAUUCAGAUAGAGCAGCAACUUUCUAAUUUACUCCGAUUAUCAAUUUUUCUUCAUUCUCUUGUUAUCUUUAUUUAAAAAGCAAGAAUGUAAGUUUAUAAGCCGACCCAUUUUUGGUUCACAACCUGGGUUGUCCUUGCUGAUUGGACAGCACCAAUAAACAAGUGCUGUCCAGGGUUCUGUACCAAAAAUUGUCUGGCUCCUUAGCUUAGAUGCCUUCUUUUUAAAAUAAAGAUAGUAAGAGAAUGAAGAAAAAAAUGAUAAUAGGAGUAAAUUAGAAAGUUGCUUAGAAAAAUUGAGUUUAGUGUCCCUUUAAGUUUAGGGUAUUAAAAAAAAAAAAAAGUAGAUUAGAGGCGUCUCGUAUAACUGUUUUAUUCAUACUUUAUAUACAUACACAGCAACACAUUUCAUACAUUUUGUAUUGUACAGAUUUGUUCCUUUUUGUUUUGAAAAUUUUGGCUCUUGAUGAAUAAUUAUUAUAUAAAGAUUGUAUAUUGUACUCGCUUUUUUAAUAAUAAAUUAUAUUUUGUUGUAUAUAUUUCACAAA